UUUUCAGACAGCAAGUAUGAUUCACUCCAUUGGUGUCUUCGGAUUCGUUUUCGAUGUUUUUUCAUGAUACUGGUGGUAACGUGAUAAAAGUGGAGCGUGCCUUCAGAAUUUCUUUUCCUUCUCAAGUUUGAAUGUAGUGUUUUAUAUGUAUGUAUGUAAUUUUCACCAAUUAUUUUUCAAACUGAAUUAUUUUGCCAAUUUUUAUUUUUAAAAAACCUUGCUCAUAAGCAGAAAUAGCCCUUUAUCUGGUCGUUUCGAUCAGGAACGGUUUGCUUUCCGAUUAAUCAAACCUCGAGAUCUCCAUCCACUCUUAAACCCUAGCGCCACCACAACCACCGCCACCAUGAAACGCUCAUUCGACGACAUUGGCGUCUCCAAAACCCAAAGCAAACCUGUCUUCUUGACCAAAGCUCAACGCGAGCAAUUAGCCCUUCAACGCCGCCAAGAAGAAAUCGAACAACAAAAGAAACGCCAACAACUCCUCCUCUCCCAAACCCGCCCUUCCAACUCGGAGUCCGACAAACCCCCAUCCAAUUCUGACCGCCGUGACCAGCGUGACAGAGACAGAGAGCGCGAGAUGGAGAGAGAUAGGGAAAGGGAAAGGGAAAGGGAAAGGGAAAGGGAGCGGGAACGGGAACGCGAACGCUCCUCGCGGCGCAACAGAGAACGCGAACGUGAAGAGGAAGCAAAGGCGCGUGAGCAAGCCAGGCUGGAUAAAUUAGCGGAGAGAGAGCGAGAGAAGGAGCUGGAUGCGAUUAAAGAGCAAUAUCUAGGGUCGAAAAAGCCUAAGAAGAGAGUAAUAAAACCUAGUGAGAAGUUUCGCUUCUCUUUUGAUUGGGAAAACACGGAAGACACUUCUAGAGACAUGAAUAUUUUGUAUCAAAACCCUCAUGAGGCACAACUUUUGUUCGGUCGAGGGUUUAGGGCUGGAAUGGACCGGAGAGAGCAGAAAAAACUUGCUGCAAAGAAUGAGAAGGAUUUUAGAGACGAACUUCGAAAGAAAGAAGGUGUAGAGAAGAAUCCAGAAGAGGCGGCUGCCCAAAAAUUGAAGGAAGAAGCUGCUGAUAGGUAUGACACUUUUGAUAUGCGUGUUGAUAGGCAUUGGUCCGAGAAGAAGCUUGAAGAAAUGACUGAGAGAGAUUGGAGGAUAUUUAGGGAAGAUUUUAAUAUUUCUUAUAAGGGUUCCAAGAUUCCGCGGCCCAUGAGGAGUUGGGCAGAGAGUAAGUUGACUAGCGAGUUGUUGAAGGCAGUGGAGAGGGUAGUGUAUAAGAAGCCGUCGCCUAUUCAAAUGGCAGCGAUUCCACUGGGAUUGCAACAACGGGAUGUUAUCGGGAUUGCUGAGACUGGUUCAGGUAAGACUUGUGCUUUUGUUUUGCCUAUGUUGACUUAUAUUUCUAGGUUGCCUCCAAUGAGUGAGGAUAAUGAGGCCGAAGGGCCUUAUGCAGUUGUUAUGGCACCUACUCGUGAGUUGGCGCAACAAAUUGAGGACGAAACUGUCAAGUUUGCACAUUAUUUGGGUAUUAAAGUAGUUUCUAUUGUUGGUGGGCAGUCUAUUGAAGAGCAAGGGUUUAGGAUUAGGCAAGGUUGUGAGGUGGUUAUUGCUACUCCAGGUCGUUUGCUUGAUUGUUUGGAGAGGCGUUAUGCUGUGUUGAAUCAGUGUAAUUAUGUUGUGCUUGAUGAGGCUGAUAGGAUGAUUGAUAUGGGUUUUGAACCCCAGGUUAUGGGAGUGUUGGAUGCAAUGCCAUCGAGCAAUUUGAAGCCAGAAAAUGAAGAUGAAGAGCUUGAUGAGAAAAAGAUUUAUCGCACCACUUAUAUGUUUAGUGCUACUAUGCCACCUGCAGUGGAGCGGCUUGCAAGGAAGUACUUGAGAAACCCUGUUGUGGUCACUAUUGGCACUGCUGGGAAGGCCACUGACUUGAUAUCCCAACAUGUGAUAAUGACGAAGGAAUCGGAGAAGUCCAGCAGGUUGCAUAGAUUGCUUGAUGAACUUGGAGAUAAGACUGCAAUUGUUUUUGUUAACACUAAAAAGAAUGCAGAUAUGGUGGCCAAGAAUUUGGACAAGCAUGGCUAUCGUGUGACGACUUUGCAUGGUGGGAAGUCCCAGGAGCAGAGGGAAAUUAGCCUUGAAGGUUUUAGGACCAAAAGAUACAAUGUUCUUGUGGCAACAGAUGUUGCAGGUCGUGGUAUUGAUAUACCUGAUGUGGCCCAUGUCAUUAAUUAUGAUAUGCCUGGAAAUAUUGAAAUGUAUACUCACCGUAUUGGACGAACAGGCCGUGCUGGAAAGACAGGUGUGGCUUCAACAUUCUUAACUCUUGGGGACACAGAUGUUUUUUAUGAUCUCAAGCAAAUGCUUAUCCAGAGUAACAGUUCUGUGCCUCCUGAGUUGGCUAGGCACGAGGCUUCAAAAUUCAAGCCAGGAACAAUUCCUGAUAGACCUCCUAGACGAAAUGACACUGUUUUUGCUCACUGAGAAACUUGGAUAUUCAGAACACUCUGGAACAUGAUCUAUGUGCAAUGUAGUGGUAUCUGAAACUUCUUUGCUUACUGCUGCACCAAUGGGACUGAGUUUACCACUGUCGGGUAUUCAACAAUCUAGAUUUUAAUCAUGAAACUCCUGCUGCUUAUAUUUUCUUGACAGAGUUUCAGCCAUUAUUCAGUAAUAGAAGAUUUCAUGUUGAUAUUAGUGGAGAAUGUCAUAUUUGUUCUCUCUCUUUUUUUUUCUUCCUGAAUAACGGUGUACCUGACUUGAUGUUCUUGAAAUAUCAAACUUUUUUCUGUCUA